GCUGCUCUGGUCAGGCUACAUAUCUGUUGGCACGUGCAAUCUAGGGAGCUGUGAGGCACCAGCCAUGCUCUCGUCCCAGCCUCUCCUGCACACUGCAGUGUUUGCACUCACAGUCCUUCAGGCCCUUGCCUCCAACACCUUCAUUGCAGCCGUCUAUGAGCAUGCCGUCAUCCUGCCAGAUGCUGUUAUUAAGCCUGUUUCUCCUGACGAUGCUUUGGCCCUGAUGAACAGCAACAUGGAUGUCUUGGAAGGGGCCAUCAAGGAAGCUGCCCAGCAGGGUGCCCACAUCAUUGUGACUCCUGAAGAUGGCAUUUAUGGCUGGAACUUCACAAGAGACACCAUCUACCCGUACCUGGAGGAUAUUCCUGAUCCAGGGGUGAACUGGAUUCCCUGCACUGACCCCACAAGAUUUGCUCCUGCUCCGGUGCAGGAACGACUCAGCUGCAUGGCCAGGAAUAACUCCAUCUAUGUGGUUGCAAACAUUGGGGACAAGAAGCCAUGCAACUCGAGUGAUCCCAGCUGCCCCGAGGAUGGUCGCUAUCAGUACAACACUGAUGUCGUCUUUGACCCAGAGGGAAAACUGGUGGCUCGUUACCACAAGUACAAUCUCUUUAUUCCAGAAACUCAGUUUAAUUAUCCAAAAGAGCCAGAAGCCAUCACCUUUGAGACCCCCUUUGGGAAAUUUGGCAUUUUCACUUGCUUUGACAUCCUCUUCCAUGAACCUGCUGUGGUCCUAGUAAGCAAGUUGCAGGUGGACACUGUGCUCUUCCCAACAGCUUGGAUGAAUGUCCUGCCCUUUCUGACUGCGGUUGAAUUUCACUCUGCCUGGGCUAUGGGCAUGGGUGUCAACUUCCUAGCUGCAAAUACACACCGUACCAGCAUAUCUAUGACAGGGAGUGGUAUUUAUGCACCAGACGGAGCCAGAACAUACUACUACAAUAUGAAAACCGAGGAUGGUCACCUCCUUGUUGCUGAAUUAGAUUCACACCCUCGCCUUUCUACUGCCUUCCCACCGGCUGUCAACUGGAGCUCAUAUGCUUUGAGUGUUGAAAGAUUCUCACCAAAUGACAGUGGUUUUGGAGGACUCAUCUUCCAUGACUGGUUCUCUUUCACGGAGCUCGCUAAGCCUGAGGGGAAUCAAACCAUUUGCCAGAAAGACCUCUGCUGUCACUUGAGCUACAAGAUGGCAGAGAAACGAGAAGAUGAAGUUUAUGUGCUGGGUGCUUUUGAUGGGCUUCAUGUUGUUGAAGGACAGUACUAUUUGCAGAUAUGCACACUGCUCAAGUGCAAGAGCACAGACCUGAACACGUGUGGGCAGCCGGUGGAGACAGCUCAGACCAAAUUUGAGAUGUUCUCCCUCAGCGGCACAUUUGGCACCAACUAUGUCUUUCCAGAAGUCUUGUACAGUGGGGUGCAGCUGGCCCCUGGGGAGUUCCAGGUAUUGAGUGAUGGUCGCUUGACAAGUAAGACAAGACCAACAAAACCAGUCGUCACUGUGACACUUUUUGGACGGUGGUAUGAAAAGGAUCAUCUGAAGCAAGACCCACAGCUGCCAGCCUUCUCAUGAUAUUACCAUCUGAAGCUGUAUGCUAUUAAUCCUAUGUCCAAAUGAGAUACAGCAUCCUCUACUAUAACAAUCCCAAUUAUAUUUCUUCUUUCCAGUUGCACAAACUUCUUAUCUAUGUCCUUUGUUUAGUAAUAAUGCAGCAAUAUUGUUUUACUGAUACCACUUACUGAGAAGUAUCUAUUUCUAUAUCAUAAAAUUACCAGUCUUUUAUAGUGCAAAACAGCAGUUUUUUGUUUCUCUCUCUGUUUAAUGGAUUUUUUUUUCUAGCCCUCAGAAAACCUGUACUGUGGGCCAGAGGAUACAUUCUUAUUAAAAAUAGCAUUGCAUCUUUUA